AUGAGCGCACCGGCUGAAUCUUCGAAGCCAAAAGGACAAAUCAGUCCCAGCACGUCUCCUCUUGAAGAGGCAAGCUCUAUGUUGGACUUUCAUUUGUGUGCACCAGAUAUCAUUCAGACACUGCAGCAAACGUACUCAGGGUGCUACGCCACCCAGGAAGCCGAAAUAUGGGAACGUGUACAUAUCUACGCCAUUCAAGUAGAUAGGUUGGAGCGAAACAAAAGCCCUGGAGCGAACUUGGAAGAAUACGCAGAGUACCAUGGAACAUACAACGCCGACAGGACAGGGGUUUUUCUCCACUCGCCGGGGCAGGACAAGAAAGCUGACCUUGAGGGUUUCGGACUGUAUGUGGAACCUGAAUGGAUGGAAAAGUGGGAGCUAUUUGGAAUUCAGAGCCUGUUCAAAUAUGAAAUGUGCGUUUCUGACAUGUUGGACAAUUUGGAGUGA